CCUGAAGGCAGCCAGUGGACAUGCGUUUAGCGCUUUUAACUUCAUUGUGACAGGUGCCCUGUCUGGGGUAUCCUGUUUGAAGUGUCUCAGCAGGAGCACUAUGUCGAACGCGAAAACAUAAUGUGACACCGUCUCGCGACACGUAGAGUUCACGGGAAUCGCGGCAGCGAAGAAUCAUGUGCCGUGUGGAUGCUCGUUGAUGGAGCGACGAGGCACCGCGAGGACCGUCGAUUAGUGUCUGGAACAUGUGCCUUUGCUACGACUAAGAACCCCGUUAAUCUGAAAAAACAUGACUGCCAUAGGCGACGUGCAAGCCUUGCAGACUUUGACAGUUUAUACCAGCGAUGUAAACAGCGUCGACUUCGCUGGUGAUUGCAUUCUGGUAACGGGAUCCGGGGACAAACGCGUCCGGGUUUGGGAAUGGCAACCUGGCAAUGGCUACGUGGAGGCCUACUUUUCACCCCUAAUGGGACACAAGUAUGGUGUUACUUCAGUCAAAGUCAGUCCCCAGUCCACUAUGUUGGCCACCUCCAGCAUAGACGGUACCACGCUGCUCUGGAACUUGCGCACGGGAACGAAGAUACAUACUAUGGUGCAAGUAGGCGGCGAGGCGGUGAGAGUCUGCAGAUUUUCUCCGGAUUCGACGUUACUCGCAACCGCUGGAGAUAACGGGCAAGUCUGUAUCUGGGAUUUGGUUCAUCGUAAUUUAAUCAGAUGUUUUCAAAAGCACGAGGGUGCUGUGCAAAGCCUAUCCUUCUCGCCGGAUUCGAGCUGGCUGAUCACUUCAUGCACGUUGGGUGUCCUAAAGCUGUUCUCCACUGCCGAACUGAUCGACACUUGUACCUCUAGCAAUCAAGACAUCGCCGAACUCGUCUCGAUUGAUGAUGCUCACGACAUGGGAGUAGUUUGUUGCGACUUCUCGACAUUCCAAGAAGUCACAUAUAUCGAACCAUAUACUAAGCUUUAUCAACUGGUCACGUGCGGAAACGAUCACGACGUGAAGUUGUGGGAAGUUACGGUGAGCCAAAAUAAAUGCGAGGCCCAAUCCUCUACUGCCACUGUACAGCUUUGUAGAGUGAUGGAAAAGCACAGCAGUGCCUUAACUUGCGUCCGUUUCAGCAGCAACGGAUUAUAUAUUGCCAGCUGUAGUCUCGAUAAAACGACAGUAAUUUGGGAGGCGAGCUCAGGAAAGGUUGUGACAAUAAUCUCCGGUCACAAUAGAUAUAUAGCUUGUUGCGCUUUUUCACGCGACGGAAGCUUAUUAGCGACAGGCUCUAAUGAUAAAUCUGUAAUUGCAUGGGACUUGACGGGGAACUUAACUAUCGAUUCGGAACUUUCAAAAAAUAUUGGAACAAAGUGGUUCGUGAAUGAUCCUGAAAAAAUUACUAAGCAUGAACAUGAUCUAAUGAAAAAUGUAGAGACAUACGCUAAUGAAGUAAGAUUGAUUCAAAGAUUGGAGGAGCAUAACGGUGCGGUGAACAGCGUUGCCUUCCAUGGAAAUAAUUUUUUAGCCUCAGCAUCAGGUGAUAAAUUAGUGCGCAUUUGGAGCGUCGAAACAGAAGAGGAGAAUGAGGAGGAAGUGAUUAAAAUACAGGAAAAAUCAUUCAGUCCACUUGACGCUCACACCUACAGCGUCAAUUACGUGGAAUUUAGUCCAUGCGGUUCAAUGCUUGCCUCCUGUUCUCUCGAUGGAACAACUUUAAUUUGGAACACAGAAACCGGCGAUCAAGCAAAAUCCUCUUUUGUCAAUUCUGGGACAGGCAUUCGUGUGUGUCGGUGGUCACCUGAUGGCACGAAGAUUGCCACCGCUGGUGACGACGAGAAGACAAUGUUAUGGGACAUAGAAACUAUGGAUCAGUUGCAGCAAUUUUAUAGUGUCUUCGAGGGUCAUGCCGACGCGAUAUCGGCCAUUGCAUUUACGCAUGAUUCCCGAUAUUUAGUGACCGCAUGUAACGAAGGCACCUGGCGUCUGUUCGAUACUCUAGACGAUAAAAAUGGUUCCGAAGCAUUGAUGGUUUGUGACGCUAGUCAUGAUCUAGGUGUCCAAGGAUGUGACUUCAGUCCUACUCCAUGCUCUUUGAUGUGCAGUUCAUCAAGGGACACAGACGUAAAUCAGCAAAUAUAUUUACUAGCAACAUGCGGCAACGAUUCCUUAGUUAAAUUAUGGCAUAUAAUUAUUCCAAACGAUUCAUUACCCGAUUCGGAUAGCAUUAAAUCAAGCAACCUUGGAAAGAGUUACAAGGAGAAAAAGUCUUUAACCGGACACGGUGGAAAUGUAAUGUGUGUCCGUUUCUCGCCCAUCCAUGGAGAAGUUAUAGGUAGCGUCGCGACUGAUAGAACAGCUCGUAUAUGGAGCGUGUUUUCCGGAAGUUGUUUAUAUGUCCUAGAGGAUCAUGAUAGUCUUGUUACGUCUUGUGCAUUUUCCGAGGAUACAUCAUUCUUCGCUACAGGUGCAUUGGACAAAACUGUAUUGAUUUGGAAGGUGCCACAGCAGUUGGUGUCACAAAGUAAUUUGAUGGAUAGCUUGAGAAACAAGAAGAAGAGAGUUGCGGAUUGGAAAUUAUAUGACACUUUAAAAUGGUUGAACGACAUUGAAUUAUCCAGACUGUCCAGGAAAGUGCUUGCUUUAGGACUGACAGGACGACAUUUGCUAUCCGUAUCAGAAAAUGAACUAAUAUCGCGGUUGGAACUUGAAGAUGACGAAGAGGCUAUGGAAAUAUUAAAGAAACAAUUAUAUUGGCUAAAGCGUGAAGAUUGCAAUGUUAUGGAGAAUAUAGACGAGUCUGAGAUUCCUCAUGAAUUUUUGUGUCCUAUAACGCACGAGAUAAUGAAAGAACCUGUACAGUGCUCAGAUGGAUUUACUUAUGAAAGGGCAGCUAUAAAUGAAUGGUUCCUAUGUGGAAAAUAUACUAGUCCGAUGACGAAUGAGCCGUUACAUGAUACUUCUUUUACUCCGAAUUUCGCUCUCAGAAACGCUAUACUCACUCUACUUCAUGGAGAAGGACCACAAUAAUAAUGGCAUUUUACACAUUUAUGAAAA